AAGCAUUAAAAUCAAUAUGGAUGUCCACUGAUAGAGACAUAUCAAUCGCCGAGAACUCGGCAUUACGAAAACGAUACCGUAAUUUCCUAAGAACUCUCUCUGAGGAACGAGAUAGUGAGCGGGGUAGAACUGCGACUUUACUGUUACAGGAGGUAUGGGGUGCCGUUCCUACAGUGCAACAUUCUGUUGUCAUACAGCUCUGGGGGGUGCCGUUCCUACCUGGGGACGAAACACAUGGGGUAAAGGAAUUCUGGGAAUGCGUCAAUCUUGAUAAGAAAGUGACAAAAGAACGG